GUAAAAGGGAUCUGGCAGUCGCUUAGACUGAAAUGCAGUCGCAGUUCAAGCGAAGCAAUGGGGAGAAAAGUCGUGUACAAGUUGGGAUACAGCAUUAAACCUGGGACAGCUCAAGGGAACCUACCAAAAAAGACACGAGGCCUACUACUUCAACUCCAACUGGCAGAGGAAAGUAAACAGUACGAAGAAGCAGACGCACUGCUGAACCAAUUGGGCGAUCUCUAUGAGGAGGCUGAGGAUAUCCCCAAAACCAUCGAUAUUGCAAAGCGAGAGCUCAGACUGGCCCUUGUGUUGUCAGGCACUGCGGCUCUGAAAACGAAGACCAGGGCCCUUUGUAGAUUAAGUGAAGGUUACAGAGAACUGGAGCAAUUUCAGGCUGCGAUAGAUUACUCGAAGCAGUAUAUCGCAGUCGCACAAGAAUUGAAAGAUGAGAGCGAGCAACUGCACUCGUUCUUCCAAUUAGCACUGGCGUACACCGCUCGAUGGGAAUCCAAUGAACAACUCCCUAAUGAUAACAAAGAUGCAGAAAAGGCUUGGAGGCAUGCCGCCGCCCUGGUGAAAAAUGUGCCUAAGGAAGCGAAGGAAGAUGCCAAGGCUGACAUUAACCUCAACCUCGGCAUCACCUACAAACAUGCAGGCGAAUAUGACAAAGCCAUCCAGCACAUGUCUAAGGCACUUGAGCAUUAUCGGAGACAAGGUAAUCGAGCGCAUGAAGCAAAAGCCUACUUCAAUCUUGGGUCUUGCUACCAUGAAAAGGGUGAUGCGGAAGAAAGUAUUCAGUAUGCCCUCAAAGAGCAGCAGAUUCUGCAUAGUAUGGGCGACGUAGUCAAUGAAGCAAGGACAUUUUGGGAUAUAGCUCUACGCUGCAGAGAAUAUUGGCGGUAUGGACAAGCCCUGGACGCACUCAGAUCAUACAAAAAUCUAUGUGAAGUGCUAGAUGAUGAGGAUGGCAGAAAGGCCGCAUUUACCGCUAUUAGAGAAGUCGAAGAGUGCAUUUCAAAGCAGCAGCGUAUUGAAGAGUUAAGUACUGCAUUGAUGCAACCGCAUCAGCAGCAAGAUUUGAGGAAAUAUUUCGAUGUGCUGGGCGAACGUGGCGAACUUCUGCUGAGCAUUGGAAAGACCGCUCAAUCAAUUAAAGAUUUCGAAGAACAGAAACGACUGUCCUUUGCGCUCAAGCUAUCUAAACAACGCUUGGAAAAGCUGCUAUAUCACCUGGGUCUAUCUUAUGCUGGAGAAGGAAGGUAUCAUGAUGCCAUCAGGGCGUAUAGGGAGGCUUUGGAUAAAUUUGCGGGGGAUAACCGAGAGCGACUUGCUCUAUUGGUCAAGCUCGCAGACGCAUACCAUGAGACUGGCGCAUCUUAUGAUACCAUUUCUCGUAGCUACGAAGAUGUUGUCAAGCUGGCUCAUAGACUAUCUGAUCUCGAGAUUCAAAAAGAAGGGCUACAUCAACUGGUUUGGAUCAAUCAAAAGCACCAUUACGCUGCGAAAGCAGACGCGUACUCAGCACGAUUGAAAUAUGUGGAAGAUUUGCUAGAGAAAGCUCAAAACAGUGAAACGCCGGAAGACUCUUUUGAUCCGGAUUUAGGGUCUGCAGAUCCGGAUAUGAUGACUGACGCUGAGAGUGACUUGGAAAACGUUGGACCCCUAGAUCGUUCACAUGGGGCAAAUUCAGCAGACAUCAGCCACAAGCCAUUGCAGUCACACCCGAGGAAUGAAUUACCAAGCCCACAGUUGCGAACAGCGCAGCAAAGUACUGUAGCGAGUAAUGCGAGGAAACAGAAAACCUCCAAGUACCAAAUCCAUACUAUUGGAAACGAAAUUGAGAGCGUCAACGAACAAAUAAGCCCGGGCACUCUUCUCAAAGUGUCAACCUGUAUCUCCCCUUCACGAAGUCCUGAGAUCAAGCGAAAAGAGCAACCGCAAAUGUGCGAUAAGAAACAUAGCAUAAAGAAGCGCCUACGCAUAGACGAUUCGUCUUCUCCGCCCAUACCACGAUUCGACCAACCCAAUGAUCUCGCGCCACUACCCCAAUCGAACCGAACAAAAUCGCGGCACAACCAAACACUGUCAACAAUGCGGUCACCAUUUCAUCAACCAAGUAGUAGCCCCACACAGCUACCUCCCCCGAUUGAUGUAAACCAAGAUACGUCCAUACGUCGCCCCUCAAAACCACGAUCUCCGAUAGUGAUAAUUGAUGAAACUCCGGGGCGACAGAUGUCUGUCAGCCCGGCCCCACGACUCUUAUUCCAAGAUAAGCUUCAACGUCGAGCGACAACGCCAGUCAACAGCAUUCAUCAGCGUACGCCAGGUAGUACUGGCAGCUCAGUCAAAUCAACUACAUCGGGAAGGUCAGGUCAGCAGAGUGUUGAACGACCGAUGAAGAUAAGGGUGGUGAUCAAAGAUCCCCAAGAAAAGGAUGAGAUCUUCGCUAUUUCGUGUCCAAAUGGUCCAAAUGGGACGCCAAAGACGAUUGGAUGGCUUAUGGACGAAGCGCGACGGCGAUAUAAUGACAUAUAUCAUACCAAGCCACCGAUAUUAAAGUUUGUUACGACGGACCCGGAAACAAGCGAAGAGGAGACAUUGGGGAAAGAAGAAGUCAUUUCACAUAUUCUUGUCAAUAAGCAGAAAGUGAUCGCUAUCAAGGCACCAGGGACACCAGACACCCCCAAGUCAGGUAGCUAGCAAGUGGUAGAAUAUCUAUUGUAUAUACACAUCUAUACUGCAUUUUUGGGGAUCUGUCAUAGUGCUGGGUGUACCUAAUUACAGGGUGGCCGCUAAUAAUUUAUAUAAAUUGUCACA